UUUAACUCUAAUAAUUUAAUCCAGUGAUCUAAUAAUUUGGGUUUUUUUAAUUUCACAAGAUUAUUAACAUUAACAGACUAACACAGUUGCAAUGAAGCAGAUUUGAAUAUACUAUACAUUGUUGGACGAUAUAAUGCAGGGAGAUUUACUGGCAUGGUACUGAAUUUGAUUAGCACAACCGUGUCUCGAACUUCCAUAUUGGUACUUAAUCUGAGAUGCGGUUUCUAGGUCCGAAAGAAUGCAUAAUGAUCAUCAUCUCGGGGAAUCGGGAGCACAGAGAGUGUCACAAAUCCUUUGGUCUACUGGAAAUCUCGAUGAACCAAUUCCUAGUGGUUUCUAUUCUAUAUUAUCCGAAAAAAGACUUAAGGAGAAAUACGAAAUGAUUCCGUCUCUUGAAGAGCUACAUGCCUUAGAAUUAGAAGGGUUUAGGCUCAAUGUAAUCGUCGUUGACAUGCAAAAAGAUAAGAAAGUGACAAUGUUGCAGCAGCUGGCUUUGACUUUGGCUAGAGGGUUGACUUCUAACCCGGCUGCAGUUAUUAAAAAGCUAGGCGGAUUGGUUUGUGAUUUCUAUAAACUCCCGAAUGUGGAACUAAGUUACGCGAAAGGGGCAUGGGAGGAAGUGUACAACGUACACAACCAGGGUAUUCAGAUGUUGGGUCAAAUAAAGCACGGUUUUUGUCAUCCCCGUGCUGUUCUUUUCAAAGUUCUUGCAGAUACAGUCGGUAUUGACUGUAGGCUUAUGGUGGGUUUACCGAAAGAAGGAGAAUCGGAGAGAAUGGAUUCACACAGGCAUGUGUCUGUUAUAGUGGAACUGAAUUCUAAUGAAUUACUAGUUGAUAUAGUGAGGUAUCCGGGGCAUUUGGUGCCGUUUUCAACAAAGGCGGUAUAUAUGUCUCAUGUUUACGUCAUUGGUCAAGGUGAUUCCGGAGAGAAUGAUUCAGGUGAUUCACCUACGGAACCAAACAGUCCUGUUCAUGGUGCUGCAGAACAGUCAGAUGAAUGCUCAUUGCCUGGUGAACACAACAAGAAUGCACUUACAGAACAAAGCACUCCCAGUUCAAGUCCAGAGCACUAUCUAUUUCGAGGGCAUGGAAGAUCUAUUCUAGGCGGUCAAAGAGAUACUACCAGAGAGCCUGGAAAUGAAAUGGCAGUAUCAAGGUCUGCUGGAGCAUCACCUGUCGGAAGUCGUAGAAGACGUAGGCGGAGUAGUGUGACUAUGAUUCCAGAAAUCGGUGAUGACAUUGUAAGGGUUGUGAGAGCGAUGAAUGACACUUUGAAGAGAAAUCAGCCUCCGAGGGAACAGGUUGAUGAACACGGUACUAGUCCGGAUAAUCAAGAAAACGCAUCUGGUUCGCGUAAUCAUAGGAGGCAAAUCAGUUGUCCAAAGGCUUUCUCGCUACCCACAUCUCCUCAUAAGUAUCACGUUCCUGGUUCUGAGAUGAGCGAAACCGACAAAUCAGAAGGCAAUUUUGAUAUGAAUUCAACAUGGAAUAAAUUGCUUGAAUCAACCUUAAUUGGGAAUGAACCGUUGUUCCCUUACCAUGAAUGGAAUAUUGAUUAUUCUGAACUAACAUAUGGAUCACGCGUUGGGAUCGGUUUUUUUGGGGAAGUUUUUCGAGGCACUUGGAACGGAAUUGAAGUUGCAAUCAAAGUCUUACUUGAACAGGACGUAACUGCUGAGAAUAUUGAAGAUUUUUGCAAUGAGAUAUCCAUCCUAAGUCGACUUCGCCACCCAAAUGGUAUUAUACGCUUUAUACUAUUCCUUGGUGCUUGCACAACGCCUCCUCACUUUUCAUUAAUAACCGAAUAUAUGGACAUGGGGUCGCUAUAUUACCUUGUUCAUGUGAGCGGGCUCAGAAAGAGAAUUAGUUGGAGACGGAGAUUAAAAAUGCUGUGUGAUAUAUGCAGGGGUCUAAUGUGUAUGCAUAGAAUGAAAAUAGUUCACCGCGAUCUGAAAAGCGCAAAUUGUUUAGUGAAUAAGCAUUGGGUAGUGAAGAUUUGUGAUUUUGGGCUGUCACGGGUGUUAUCCACCGAGCAGAUGCGAGACUGUUCUUCUGCCGGGACUCCAGAGUGGAUGGCACCUGAACUCAUUCGGAACGAAGCGUUUACGGAAAAAUGUGAUAUUUUUAGCCUAGGUGUCAUUAUUUGGGAAUUAUGUACGCUUCAUAGGCCAUGGGAAGGCAUACCGUCAGCUCAAGUGGUUCGUGCAGUUGGUUAUGAUGGAACCCGGCUUGAAAUUCCUGAAGGUCCCUUGGAUAAUCUAAUAGCAGAUUGUUGGGCAGAACCAGAGCAACGACCGAACUGUGAAGAAAUCCUGUCACGCUUAUUGAGCUGCGAGAUGUUGAUAUAGUUUUAUGGCGCUAUUGCUAACCAAUGGGAUCAGGUAAAAUGCAGCCUGUCGGAAGGAGGCUUAGCAUUUAAGCGAGUUAAAGACAGAAAAACAUUAGACGCUGGAUUCGAACUCGAUAUCUCUGGUAGAGGGACUCAAGCACUACAACCAAAAUAGUAACAUUUUAGUUUCAAAAGUGAAUUCAUAGCUAAUCAUUUAAUUAUAAUUAUUGGACAAAGAUAACAAUUAUUGUUAAUAAGAUGUAUAAACCAUGUUUGGGACCCAAGAAAAUAAGUACAUGAAAUGAAGCUAUGAUCAUCUGAUUUUGAUUCA